AUGAUACUUCAGAGCUCAUUCACUGAGUUUGAAGUCUGCCAGUGGGAGCUAUAAUUGAUCAUCUGCUCACUUUCCUUCCCUAACAACUGCAUAAUUUGUGUAACACAAUGCAGUGGACUGAGUUAUAGGAUGCAAUUUCCACUCUACCAGGGAUUUACAUCACAGUCUAGAUCCUUAAAGUGCACAAUAUGGAAAAUGAGCCCUCGGCUGGCCACAGAAGAGAGAGAAGAGAAAAAUCUAAAGAGGCGUAAACACUGCCAGAAAGUAAGAAGCAAGUCCCUUGGAAACUCUCUGGGCUUUGCCACUGCCUCUUUGGCAGAGGGAACGGGAGCUGGGACACCUCACCAGUCUCGCUUCUGCUUCUGCAAGGCAGACUCAAAACGCAGCCAGAGAUGGAGCUUCUUAGAGUACCACAAACGCCCGCUGUCCUUCCUGUUCUCACAGAUCUCCCCUGCCAUGGAAGUCUAAGAUCUACUUCUCAGGCACGGAACACAUUAGUUUCUCCAUUCAAUGUCUCUGCAAAUAUGGGACAGGAGACAUGAAAAAUGCCCCAAUAGGUGGAAUCUUGGAUGAUGUCCUAUUGAUACAAUGAGCUGCCAUCUCAUUGACAUCUUUAGACAGCUGGUGUGAACAUUGUGCUUCCUGCUCCCCAAUGAACCUUGUCACCAGGUUACAAAGAUAAACUGUAGAGGGACUUCUUUUAGCCACUCCACCAACAAUGCUGAGGCUGUCACCAUGUAUUAUGUUUCCUUUAACAGAGCUCUGCCAAAUAUCUGGGCUUUGAAAGAGCCUUGAACUUGAGAUGCUAAAGUGCAGUUAUAACUUCUUCAAGCUUUUCCUAGGCCAAAGAGAAUCAAUAGUAUGAUAACCCACAGGACACCAUAACCACCGUUCCUUUAUACUAAGAGAACAAGAACCAUGUCUUAAUCUCAUUUGUAGAGUGUAGGAUACUGAACAGUAUGGCCAAUGAGGCAGGAGGUACUAUAACAUGGUCUCCUUGUUCUGGGAAAUAGGAGUCAUCUAACUAGGAUGACUGAGAAAUACUGACUCUUGCAUUAACACCGAGGUUUGUGGAGUCAGUGGUUCAAGAAAAAACCUGGGCACACUCCCCUGGAAAUACAAAGGGAAGCCUGUGAGUGGGUGCAGAUAGGUCUUUGGGUCCUCUUAGUGUGCCCCAGAGAAUUUUCUUUUGCUUACUGAACCCAUAGAUAUGUCCUUACCUUCUCUACUCAGCUUCUUCUUUGCUAAGAUUUUCCUCUGGCCAUUUAAUUUAAUUUGUAAGUUUCUACCCUCACUGCUAUCCCAAGGUUGGCUUGGUUUUUAAAAGCCAUUCAUUAUCUUGAACAGAUCUUCCUCUGGCAGUUCUCAGUGCACUCAUUGGUCAAGGACGAAGAGUUUAUUACAUGAAUCUGCUGCUCUGCACUAAAGGGAAAGGCUAUAGCCCUUACUUUCUUAGAGAGCUACAGAGCCUGGCCCAAAGUCGCUGGAUUCUUAACUGUGUUGCUUUUCCUGCAGUGAAACUUUAAACACAUCACUCCAGAAUGUGGUGCCAUGAAGCAACCACCACAGUUCCACAGGGAUAGCUUGUCUCUGCUCUAGUUGGCUUGAGGGUUGGGACCUGAAGUCAGAUGAUAAUUGCUUAUCCUCAUGUCUGGCUUUUGGGCUGGAACCAUGCAGUUGGGGGCAUAGUAGGCUAAUCCAGCAUCACUUUGGGUGUCAGAAAGGUCUACCGAAUAUGAUGGCUUCAGGGGAGCUGAGCUUGGUUCAAAGUGAUUUAGAGCCCCCAAGGGUCCAUUCAGAGAGGGGGAAAGAGG